GAUUAAUUUACUUCUAUCUGAUGCCUUUCAUGAACGUUUUCAUUGUUUUAUUUUUUUUGUAAUUGAAUACCUUCAUAACGAAUAGAAUUAUAAAUAUAUCUUAAAAUAUAUAUUUCAUAGUGACCUGCUGCUGACUGUGAGGCAGGGUGUUACUGUGAGUGAGUGGUUGGGGGGACCGGAGAGGUGUGUGUGUGUGGGUGUGUGAGUUGAGAGAGCACUACAACUAUUGGCACGCGCGCACGUCGUGACAUACAUUGCAGAAUAACUUAUUCCAUUCCCUUCAAUGUUACAGUUUUCCUCUAAUGUAGACGUUGUCUGGAGUAGAUGAACUGUUGGCCUCCCGAGUGGCGCAGCGGUCUAAGGCACAGCUUGCAAUAAUUAUUAUGAGGAAAACUGAAUUUAGCUUCCAACGUCGUUACAAGUUACUACGAUAAUCCUUAAUUGUCUCGGUAACAUUAUGGAAAAGGGGUUUACAAUAUAAAUGGCAACUCCUCUUGCUGUGAAAAAAAAGUUUGUUUUCAGGCCUUUUGGAAACUUUUUGAGUUGUCAUUGGUCUGGAAAAUGUUGCUUGACCUGGCAACCCUGCUCUUAGAGAGAAGGGGGAUAUCUGUCAGAAGUAAAACAUAGCAUUUUGUAUUUCAGAUCUGCUUCCCCAUUUCCCUGUUUAAACAUCCUGGUUUCCAUUAAUCUGUGAUCAUUAUUCAUAACCUCAAUAUUGAACCAACAUGGCCAUGUUCUACUUCUGACAUACAUCCUCCCUCUUUCCUUGAAGUAAGCACAGAAUUACAAGAGUAAGCAAUGGUUCUUUAUAUUAUAUAGCUUUUGCCUAUCCAUAUUGUAUACAAUUUUUUCAUGUCUGCCUGUCGGUCUGUAAUGUUACACCUGAAGAGGUCGCCUGGCAUCCGCUCCUGGUCGCUGCUCAUAGGUAUUGUGUCCAUUGGCCUGGCUGCUGCAUACUACAGCUCCGACAGUAUUCUGUGGAAGCUUUUCUUCGUGACGUGCUGUCUGUUCGUGGCCAUGCAGAACACGGAGGAGUGGGAGGAGGCAGUGUUUGAUAAAACCAAGAAAGUGAUAGAGCUGAAGACCUUCAGUCUGUAUGCCCUGAUUCUCGCCAUGUGUAGGAGAGGCCAGGAGAAGGUGGUGAUGGACAUGAGGCACAUGCGUGACGUAUGUGUUCAGGAGGAGAAGGUGCGCUACCUAGGGAAAGGCUACCUGCUGGUGCUGCGACUGGCCACAGGUUUCUCCUACCCCCUCACACAGAGCGCCACCAUGGGGUGGGACGCAGUGAUGUGGAGGCAGUGGCUUUGUUGCUCAAGCGUUUCCUGGGUCUGGAGGAGCUCCAGUGUCGCUGGGAGCAGGAGGAAGAGGCAGUCAGGGAGGAAGAUGAACUGAACCCCAGCACUGACUCCGGAGAAGAGAGGGACUCAGUGCAGUAGAAUGAGAAGAGAUGAGGGGAAGCCACAGCAGACUUGAAAUGCACCCAAAUAUAUUUUACAGCAUUUUGUAGUAUCCCUGAUACAGUAUCCCUGAUUGUAGUAUCCCUGAUAUAAAUUGCCUUAAAUACGCUUCAAUGGUAGAGUUUUCCACAGAAUAUUUAAACAAAUUCAUAUUUUGUGUUGCCUGUUCUUCAAAAACAAUCAUUACUGUAUUAGACUCAACCCUAUAAUUAGUGCCUUUCUAUUUAAAUGUAAUCAGUAUGUGUGAAAUACUCAUUGAAAACAUUCCCACAGUUUAGGGAACACAGUGUGUUUGAGACCUCCCAAGUGAAAAUCUUGGUCUAGUAGGAUUGUCUCUGCUCACUGCAACCAUCCAUCCAUCUGAAUCCAUGUGACUGUAAACUAUAAUCAAGCAUGGAUUUCCAGGGAUCAGUUAAGAAUGUUUGCCUGUUUUUAUGUGAAAGUAAAUACUUGCAUGUCUUUCAGCAUUGAUGGGUCCUAUCACUAGGGUCAGACAGAAUCUGGGGAGGCAAAACCUCUAGAAUGAACUUAAUCUAACAGCUUCUACAUCUGCAUUGCCUGCUGUUUGGGGUUUUGGGCUGGGUUUCUGUAUAAAACUUUGACAUCUGCUGAUGUAAAAAAGGGUGUAAUAAAUAUAUUUGAUUGAUUUAUUAUUCAUAGGGUAAACUACAGAUUUUGUCUGGACUUAUACACACACAACAAAAGACCAGUCUCAGGUAACAUUCCUGUCCAUAGACAAAUGUGUUAAUAACAAUAUGUAUGUUUGACAAAUAAACUGUAUUACAUUGUAUCUGGACUGUAUUAACUAAGUUACUGCAUCUGUUGGCAAGAGGAAGGUGAGUGUUAUGCCUUCUGUUUCUUGAAAGAAAGAAAGAGAAGAGAUAUUUUGUGUCCAGUUAGUGUGUGUUGCUGGAUGACUUCAGGUACUGGUUUGCCUAGUCUUUUUUUUUUUUUACUUAAACUUUUAUACAUUUAUUUUUGCUUUUUUUGUUAACAAACAGAAUUAAAUAAAAGUUGCUUUUUGAAAAUCA